AUGGAGCAAUGUGAACAAUUGUCUGAAAAUAAUCAGAAUGCUGCUAGUAUUCAAGAAAAAGUUACGAUAAUUUCCCCAAAUAAAUAUAAAAAUUUAAAAUACUCCGAAAAUGAUAUCGGACCAUAUUCCAUUUAUGUGGAAUCCAUGAACAGUAUCAGUGGUAACUUAAAACAAAUGACAAUAGGAAGACUAAUUUUUAAAAAAUUUCCUCAAUUUACAAAUUCAAUAUUAGACAUUAAAGCAAUAGGAAGGAAUCGCAUAAAAAUAACGGUUAAUGACUACACAAUAGCCAACUACUUAAUUAACAAUGAUAUAUUUAUUGAAAAUAAUUUAAAAACUUUUAUACCAACACACUUGCUAAUUAGGAAAGGGGUCAUUUAUGAUGUAGACUCUGACCUAACAGAGGAAGAAAUUAUUACCAAUUUAUACUCGGAAGUACCCAUUUUGGAGGUAAAAAGAAUUCAUAAAAAAAUUGAUAAUGAACGCAAAUCAACACGGGUUUGCAUUGUAACAUUUAGAGGACAGAAACUGCCUGAGAAGGUAUCAAUAUUUGCAGUAAAAUGCAGGGUAGCUACCUAUAACAGAAUGAUCCAGUGUUUUAACUGUCAAAGGUAUGGUCACGUGACUAACCAAUGUAAAAGCAAAGCAAGAUGCAGUCAUUGUUCAGAGGAACAUAAAUAUAAAGAAUGUACAAACAAACAAAAAAAUCCGACUUGUGCUCUGUGUCAAGAGGAUCAUAAGGCCAUGGAUAAAACAUGUCCUAAAUAUGAAGAACACUGCAAAAUAAAAAUGACAAUGGAGGAAAAUAACUUAAGUUACAUGGAAGCUAAAUAUCUAUUAAAUAAUAAAUCAUAUGCAAAUGCUGUGGGAUUUGUUUCCGGAGACAAAUCAACAUUCCCGGAUCUUCCGGCAAAACAAACGGAAUGUCUUACGAAAACAAGUCCGACAGGAAUAAUUAAUAAUCGAACAAUAUCUGAUCAAAAACAACCUAGAAUUAAUAUUGCGACUAAGUCAACAUCGAAAAAUAUCACUGAGCGAGAAUCAAGAAAAGACUUCAUAAGUAAUGGGGAAAUAAGAAGAGACAAAAUAAACAUAUCAAAUAGUAAAGUACAACAACAAAUACCUCGUAAAAAGUCUGAGGAAGAAGAGUUUCCAUUGGAAAAAAUUAUUUCAAACAUAAAAUUCAAAUUUAGAGAGAAGAAAGGUGAUGUUCUACAAAUUCUGAAGGAUAUAGUCCAAGACAUCGAAAGUAAAAUAAAUUCAUCUACCAGAAACAAUAAAUGA